UCGAGCUGCACAUGCUUCAGUCAUUUGUAUUUCGUACAAAAAAAUGGUUAAAAAAUUUAAAACUCUUGAUUAUCACAAAAUAAGCGUGUAUGAGAAAAACAAGUGGUUUUCAAAAAGUGUACAAUUUUAAAAUUUCGUUGUGAUUGAAAAAGUGUCGUUAAGAAAAUAGAAAGAAAUACUUAAGUACGCAUGUAAAUUGUGAAAAUUAUUAACAUUUUGCUGCGUAAUUGUUGCUGACUACCAGUUGAACCAACCAAUUGAAAUGGAUAAAGAUAGUUUUAAAGUACCGCACGGAGUGGUCAAUUCAAACCACGCUAGAAACGACCAACCAAAAGACAACAGCAACAAUAUUGCGAUGCCCUCGCAGUCGCCGUCGUCGUCAACGCAGGCGUCGCCUUCGACACAGCCUAAAAGAAUUAUCAAUAAAAUUCCAUUGGAUUUCACAAAAUUAAAACAGGCUGGCUUAGACAGAAAGCUGGCAGAAGCAUUGAGCAAACAGCAAAAUUUGUCAGCGGUAAAGAAAAUUGCAUCAGCAACAACAACGUUGUCGCCGUCGCCAAGCUCUGCUUCCGUCACUGCCGCUGCCUCUGCUACAACACCAACAGCGACGGCGACAGCAUCCUCAAUACAAAAGCAAAAGCAACGUGAUCGCCCACCUGCUGUUUUGCCUACUAGAAAGAAGCAAACGUCGAAUUUAGUUGCUGUGGACGAACAAUCGUUGCAGAUAAAAGCGAUGAUUAAAAAUAAAAUACUUAAUAAGAUGACUAAAAAUCAUGAAGCAAACACAACAACAACCACGACAACGACACCAGCAACUCCGGAAGUUAACACGAACGCAGCAAGGAGUUUUACUUCGCCUAUCGCAAAAGCGGAUGUGACAGCGCGUCCUAAGCUGCUGCUCAACUUGGUUAAUCAAUUGCCCAAGCAUCGGGCAAUGUGCGGUGUCAGUCGACAGGCACGUCAACAGCCAACACCAACCACAUCUCAACCAAUGACAUCGUUAUCACCAUCGCCAUCCACACCACAGCCUAAGCAACAACAGCCAGUUUCUCCGCCAGUUCCAACUUCGAAGCCAUUGAUUGUGCUGGAGAACAAGGUGUUAGCGCCCAACGAAAAAAUCGAUCUCAAUGAUCUGCGACUGUCCAAAGGAGCGCCUAUUGCGCUGCCGCCAAAGGUCGUGAAUGCCCCGGAAUCGGAUAGUGUCAAGAGUGCGCCGCGCAUUUUGCAAUUGCCUGGCUCGGGUGCCAAGAAGGUCAUCUUAAAUGCCCAUAAGCUGAAAAUGUCGCGUGAGCAAAUCUCUCAAUUGGCCAAGCAGAUUAGCAAACAGGCGGAACAACAUCCAGUUGCCAAGCCCAAAGCAGAUGCACCUCCAACUCCUCCAAGCAUUCUACAAGACAUCCCUGCAGCGAUAGAGCAACAGACGUCGCUGAUAUCGCCAGUCGUCGAAGAAACUAAAGAUAAGAGGAGGGCUAGGCCUUCGUUAAAUGCGCAACCUUCAUCAGAUGCAGCUCCAAUUUCAAGCAUUAUUCAAGACAUCCCUCCACCCUUAGAGCUGCAGACAUCGAUGAUAUCACCAGUCGUUGAAGAAACUCCAGCUAAGAGGAAAGACAAGCCCUUAUUAGAUCCACCACCUAUGCCAUCACCAUCACUCUCCGCCGUGGAUUUUAUUGCACAGCUAAAGGCAAGCAACUCCAUCAACUACAUGGAUCUAUCAGCCGAGGAGAUGAGCAUGAAUGCUUUGUUUAUGGGUUGCGAAACUCCCACUUCUUCAGCAACUCCAGAACCAUCGUUUGUAAAAGCUCUGAAGUCACCAUUUAUACCAACGCCUGCUUCAACUCCUGAACCAAGUUCAACACCCACAUUUCCAUCAACUUCUGCAUCAAUUCUUGAAACGAUUCCCGCACCUAGUUCUCCUGUUCUUUCAUCCUCUUCUGCCACGAUUUCUGAGGCAUGCAAUGCCGAGGAUGAACUGCCGAUUGGCAAGAUUUUGCAAAUGGAUGACAUGGAUAUUCUGCAUGCAACAAUGAAUGUGAAUGAUAAUGAACCGAAUGUAUUGUGCAUUAGUCCAAAUGCAAUUAAACUGCAAACAAGUCUGUUGAUUGCAGAGCCAAUUAUGGAGACAGAUACCACAGUCUUAGAAAGCCAGAGCAGUUUGUCAACUACUUCAACAGAGGUGGUAACAACGCCUCAAGAGGAGCCCAAGAAGGUGGAGGAAAUGCCAACAACUCCAGUUGAGAAUAAAGAGGAAAAACCAACAAAUACGCGGCUGCCUUUUAGAUCCAAAAAGGGCAAAAUAAAUUUGGUGCAGCGUAAUAAAAAAGCUAGUGUUGCAAAAAAUACCAAUAUUAAACAAGCUGUAAAAAAGGAUGAGGAGGAGACUGCUGCAGCCGACGGAACAGAGAUGGAGAUUAAUGUUAAUUUUUCCGAGAAAAUGGAGGAGGAGGUAAAAAGUGUAGGAAAACAUAAUAACAACAUAUUCGAAGAAGAAAAUGAAGAAAUUGCGCAUAAGAAAAGAAAAACUAAUAUUCAAAAUGCUAAUGAAAGCGAAGUAAUUGUUAAAAAUAAUAUUGAAAAAGCUAAUGAAAGCGAAGUAAUUGUAAAUAAUGUAGUUAAAGUUAAUGAGAAGAAAAUUACAGAAGUUGUAGAGGACCAAAGAGUAGAAAACACCGAAAUUAAUAUUGAACCAACUUCUGAAACCAGAAAAAACGAAGAAGUUGUUGAGCCUAACGAAAAAUUGGCAAAUAACGAAAUAAAUCAAGUUAAUUUAAAUUCAACCAUGGAAAGUAAUGAAGGUGCAGAGGAAACAAAUGCAGAAUGUUUAGAAAAAGCAGAGGAAAAGGAACCGAAUACAACGCUGAUCUCACCAAAGAAGGAGCUUAAUAAUUCUGUUCAAACGACUGAAGAAACGCCUUUAAAUGUCAACAGGGAAAAGAAUCUAUCGCAGCUAUAUCAUCCACCCAAAAUGACAAGGUCUAAGCAAAAGUUAAACAACACUGAUGUCAACAAAAGCGAGGAAAACCCAACAUCAUCCUUGUCUCUUAUGGAGGUGCUUUCCCAAGAGGAACCACAGCCUCAGGGAGAACCGCAGUUGCCAUUUCGUCAAGAAGCCGUAAAUUCAGCGAGCGUCGAAAAAGCGCCAACGGAAGCCAAGGGUAUUCAAAAUUUGUUGAAACACUUGGCAGCCGAAAAUGUUGUGCCUCUAAAUAAAGAGAGUAAGGAUAACAAGGAGACCAAGUCUGAGGAGCCGGCCAAAGCGCCCAGAAAGAAGCUGUUGAAAACAAGACCCGUGUUGAAUGCGAAAAGAGCAUCCAAGGUUGUGCCAUCAAAGACAGAAGCGUUGCAUCCGCGAAAGAGAGCUUUGCUAGUGGAAAAUAAAACGAAUGGAGCGCAUCGAACAUCAAGUACGAGCGAUGAUGAGAAUAUCAUGUUUCAUGGUUUCGAUGUAGAAGCUGGCACCAGUAAAAGUGUGUCGAGUUUAAGGCAUACUGGAACGGAUAUUAGUGACGAUGCCACGCCCGAUUACGAUGAGACGGAGGAGGAUCCGCAGCCAGAGUGCGAAUCGGUGGCCAAGAGACCAAGGACUGACCCGGCACCAGCCGAGAAGCAGCUUGAGGCAAUCCCCGAGCAGAUUGACAAGGAAAAGGCUGAAGAAAUCCCAGAGCAGAUCGACAAGAAGGUGAGCCAAACCUCUGAGCACCUUGAUAGCGAAAAUGUUGAAUCAAUAUCAGAACAGAUCGAAGAGGAGGAGAGACAAAAGACCACAGAUCAGCUUAAUAGAGAUACGAUUGAAAUUAUAACAGAGCACAUUGAAAAGGACAAGGAUGAAACAAGCAUAGAGCAAAAUGAUGAGAUCAAACAAAAAGUAUUUGACGAGCAAAACCACAAAGAUUCAGAGGAGAUGAAUAACUCGGAAGCUACAGCAAUUUCUGAACCCAUUGACAAGGAAGAGAUUGAAGUAAUUCAAGAACCAAUAGAGGACAGAGGGCUUACAGCAAAACGAAACCAUCCAGUCAACAAGAAAAAACUGAAGGAUACACAUGAGAUUGCUAAGGCAGAAGUUGAAGCAGUUCUCGAUUCAAUAGAAGCAAUUACAGAGCCGAUCGACGAGAAUAAGCAUAAAAAAGAACCAAAGCCGACCAAGCGGAAAUCUAAGAAAUCUGUUAAAGAUCAAUUGAAUAAUGAAGCGAUAGAAACAAUCACACAGCCCGUUGAUCAAUCUCAACCAAUUUCAGAGGAACAAGUCCCUAAGCAGAUAGAUAAAGAAGUGCCGCAAGCAAUCCCAGAGCUUAACGAACUUCAAACAAUCUCAGAGCCAAAUAAGCCUAAGCUAAAAGUUGUUGCAAAACAGAAUAACAAGAGAAAGCAGAAGAAAACAGAGAAGAAACACGAUCAAACUCUGGAAGUAGACAAUCAGGUUCAACAAAUCCCAGAAGCAGAAAAAUCUGAAGGCAGACUUGAUAAAAAACGAUACGGAAGAGCCCAAAGCAAGCGAACCACCAGAAGUAAUCUCAGAACCAGAAAAAAGCAAGCGGAAAGUAAGCCGAAAGUCAAGAUGUGCCACUGGCAAAGCGAGCACGCAGAGGACGCCCAGCAAGAGUCACUCCAGUGUCCACGAACGCUGAGUUUCCAACUCCUACCGGACGUGGCCGUAAAAAGCAAAACAGUUGCAGCAGAAGCUACAACUGAGGGUCACACAGAAUCCAAGCCGGAUAUUGUGUCCUCCACACCCAUUAAAGCAGAGACAACGAAGCGAAAUCGUCGUUCAAACAUCGCUACACCUGCAGUUUCUACAGAUUCGGAAAACGUGGAAUCGGAUUGCACAGCUAUUCUUUCAGUUACGACAGUCAACUCCACACCGGAAUGUGCACCUAAGAAAAGAGGUCGUAGGCCAAAGUUGUUUGACAUUUCAGCGCUUGACCAAACUCCAAAGACUGAGGGAAUAAGAGAAAAUUAUGCCGAAGGGCUAACGUUCAAAUUCGAAGGUCCAGAUUACUGGCCAAAAUCAGUGGACAUAAAUUUACGCCUCUUUCUCAUACGCAACCGUGAGCAGCUGGAGACCGACGAAGAUCUACGAGAGGAUGGUCGUGGUGAGGGACCAGUACAGUGUGGACUGUGCUUUGUGCGUUGUGAGAAGGACCAAUGGAAGACUCAUCUCUCCGAACACUAUGGCGUUGGUUGGCCCAUUGACGCUAAGCCAUAUUACGUCACGCGGAGUCUUAUGCUGGCUCCGAUGAUGAGCUAUGCCAAGAGUGGACGUCGGCUAACUUGUCGCCUCUGUGGUCGAACGUUGGCUUCUGGUCUGGGCAUGUUGUUGCAUCUGGAGGGCUGUGGCGCCGUACAUCAACGUGUUCAAUGCGAUAUCUGCAAUAAUUUCUACGCCACAACGUUCAUCACCACCCAUAUGCGCCAUUGCCAAAUUCGUCAGGUAAAAAUGGAACCAGAAGCUGCCACGGAUACAACAACAGCUGAUGAGAGCACUCCGGUAUUCAGUAACGCGGGUCGCGCAAAGCGCAAGUCAACCAUCAAAGCUGAAACAAAGCUGCAGAAAAUGGCAGCGCAACUGGGAGAUGAGCAAAAGCGACAGAAGGGAGCUGAUUUUGAAAACGAUUCCUCGGAUUACGAUAUGAACGUCGAUAAGGAAUCAUCGGAAGAAUAUGAGUCUGAAGGUGUAGACUCCAAUGAGGAAGAUGAUCAAGCUAAUUCAAAAGGGGAAGAUUACGUAAAAGGCAAGAAAUCCCGCGACGUUGGAUUAGCUGCAAAUUCCUCACGCAUUUCUGAUCAUAAUAUCCUGAAGUCGGAAGGCGAUUUAGCUGUGCGAUGGAAAUAUUUCAUUGCCAAAAACUAUUCCAACAAUCCGCUGUAUGCCAGUUUAUUGCCCUAUUAUGAACAACUGUCUCAUGCCGAGGCCAUCAAACUGCUGCCCUCCAGGGAGUCGUCAUCAAUGCGCUAUGCCUACGGCCAUAAGGUUCAUGACUGGCUGCGACUAGCGCCCUUGGAGGCUUUUAAUAAGGAAGAUGAAUUUGUGUGUCAUUUGGGCAAGCCUAUUAAAAAGCUCGCCUGGGUUCCCUUGCCCCCGUCCGUUGAAACGCAAUAUUUGUUGUGCUCUCAGCGUCCAAAGAUGCUUAGCUUUACGCGACAGUUUAAGGACAAACAGCAGGAUGAUCUGCUGUUGUUGAUGGAGUGCAAAGUGGCUGCGAGUGACAAACGGAAAGAAUGGCCUCUGCAAAUUCGUCUGCACUAUGGCAUACGUGUUCAGGAAACAGUAAACAGCUUCGAAUUUAUGCCAAGUGGUGGUUACGAUGAGUCCACUAAUCGAUUGGGUCUUUUAGCCGUAGGCAGUUCAGCAGGUGUGGUCAUUUAUGCGCUGCCGUUGCUGUUGACUAAGAGUAAGACUGUUCGUCAGGAUGAAAGUCCAGUAAUUGUAUUGGAGCCAGGCAUCACAUUAAGCCUUGAUAUAAAUAAUCCUGUGCGGGAUCCUUGUAGCGUAAUAUCCUGGUCUCAAGCAUCUGGCCACAAGCUGCUGGUGACUGGAUAUGCUAGCGGAAACGUUGCCUUCUGGAAUAUGGACGAUGUGGACGGUCUCAAUUGCAUUGAGCAGAAUAACCAACGGCACUUACUGCCAGCACACUACUUUUAUUUCGGCGAACGCAGCAUACAAAACUUGGAACUGCAUUAUGAUACAAAAGGCGCACGGUGGCUGGCUGUUGGCACCGCUGUGCGUAAAUACUGCGUCUAUGACAUUGCCAAUUGGUCUCAUCCCUUAGCAAUACUUGGGGAUAUGAUUAUCAACUUGUUUCUGGGCAGCAUGAUCUGGUCUCCCUUGUGGAGUUCCUUAAUCAUUGGCUGCUCUCAGUUGACGAGAGCUCAAUUUCCCCGUUUGAUUUCCAUAAAUCCUUUGGAGAUGAUUAUCUCUCGUCAAAAGACUCUGGAUGUGAUGAUGAACACCAUUCGCGAUAUGCAUUUCAACUAUGAUCAAAAUAUGGUCGCAUCGAUCUCGGACAACGGAGAUCUUGCUUUUAUCCAAGCUAAUGAGUUUUCAUCGGACUCUGCUUUAAGAAAACGAAAAAAGAAAAAUCCUUUCAUCGCCUGCGAGGCGAACUUUCUGGGUGAUGAUGUGGAGCCAAAGCACGUGAGCCCGGAAGUAUUUCAAAGAGAUUAUGGUCUUCUGCUUAGACCAAUCAGAUGUGGAGUGGAAAGGGACAAGGCUUCCAGUUACCAAGACCCGAAGCGAGAGCCCAGUUUUAGUAUGCGAAAUAUGAUUCGAUCUAAUUCGGUGCGUUGGAACUGGAAUAGUUCAGCAACGAACUGGGUAGCUGUCGGAGCUGAGCAUGGACUGUUGCGGAUCGUAAGAUACAAAACGGACAAUUAAGUCUAGGUCGUUAAAAUUAAUAUUGAGAUUUUUGUUUACACUAAUUAAGAAUGUUGAUUGCUUUCUAAGAUUAUAUAAAAAUUUAUUUGAAUAUAAUUAAAUAAUUUAUUAGAACUCGUUAUAUAAUACAAAUAAGAAAAUACAUGUUAUUGUAAAUAUAAAAUAUACUAUGUAUUUAAAUUAGUAUAAAAAUUAUAUGGAAUAUAUUUUUAAAAUACAAAAUAUUUAUUACCUUUAUACAAAUAAAAUUUGAACACAAAAACACAGUUCUCUAUUCUAUUUCAUUCAAUUGAGUUUUUAGCGUAUUUUUCAAAACUUACCUCACUUGAAUAAUGUUUUCGAUCAUGUUAGCUCUGUUAAGUAUAUCAAUAUAACACUCAACUAAUAUUGUUAGUGAGUUGUUAAAAGUGUUCCUCAGGUUGUUUCAAAAUUAUAUAAUACCAAAUUCAUAUUCAAUUUUGUUUUCUAAGCGGCUUCACAAUGAAUUGCAGCCAGCAAACGAAUCAGCUUGAAGAUUAUAAUAGGCGUGUGGCCAGUUUGAUUGAGCGCAUGGAGCGGCUAGAGGCGUCAUUAAAUACUCUUUCAUUGGUUACGCUUCACAAACGGAAGCCGCUGGUCAUCGAUGGAGUACCGAAUGAGAAUUCAGAAAAUAAGCAAACGACCAAUCAAGAUGAUGAAGAAGACGUCUUUGAAGAGUGUGAAGAUAAGAUGAUAACCGACGAUGUAGAGAAACUUGAGGACGCAAAUAAAACCUUUGGAGAUCAAUUUUAAUGUUACCCAAAAGACAAUGAUAGAAUUUACGUUGAUAUUUUAAAAAAAUUGGAUGCAGAUUAUUGUAACAAUGAUAUAACGCAUGUAACUUUUGAGCUGUUGUGUGAUGCGAGUAAACAGCGAUUGUGUGAUUGAA